AUGCAGAAUCUUUCCAUAUCAUGCUCAUUGGUCUGCCUCAUAAUCAUAGGAACCGCUGCGUUGGUCGGAGCUUUCGGGGUUUGUCAACAUCAAAUUAGUGCCGUAUUAGUGACCGGAGUUAUGUAUUUAUUAGCAGCAUCAUUCGCCAUCUUCACAUUAAUGAUAAUACACUUCAAGAGAGUUCAGUCGAAACCGCAAGUGAACAUGGACCCCGACGGUACAAUGGACGGCGUAGUCAGUCCGAGCGGCAGCAAGGGCACCAACUAUCUUCUAGGCGCUCGAGUAUUUACGACGUCGUGGUCGUUGGACUUGGGUUGGGGCGGUGUGACAUUGUGCGUCAUGACGUCCGUCUUGUGGAUAUUGUUAUCGAAAAUUAUGCGAUUUAAUCCGAUUUCGUCUAUGAUUAAUUAAGCGCUCGAGCUCAACGUUUUGUCGUGACGUACAAGUAUCGUUCAGGCUGACAAAAGCACAAAAUGGUACGUGAUACUACACGUUGGACUAAUAUUAGGCUCCCAUUUAUAUGUAGCGAACACAGCAAUUGCAAUUUUUUUAGAAUUUCUGUGUCGAAAUAACUCACAAUCAAAAUUACCCACAACUGAAUUCGUGUGAUAGUGAUAACGACUGAUAGGGCAAGAUAAAUACCUAACAGCUUUGCGAAGCUUUAUAAUUGUAGAAAUAGUUUGUAACUUUUUUCUAUUUUUCGCAACAUGCCGUCCAUUUAUGUAGCGUUAAAGCGCAUACUACCUUAAGUGUAACGAUACUUUGAAGACAAAUAAGCAGGGUUAUUGGAUUAUAAAUGUUUCGCUACUUAGAUUUUAUAAAUGCGUUAUUAAUACAGAUUUUAUAGAUUAAGAAAAAAUAACAAAAGCUAAGCUGCACUGUUGUUACUAAUGUAGGCGAGCA